AUGUCGAGUAAAAGAAGGAAUUCUCUAUGCUUAGAUGACUAUGAAGCUAAUAUUGUGGCUCCGCAAGAUGAAUUGAGUACAAGGAUCCCUAAGAUAACACAUGUUAAAAGUAGUCUGACUUUAGAUGAUCUUGAUAUGGUUUCUUUGCACACAGAAUUCGAUCAACAGAUGUUAUUAGGGUUUCCGAUGUAUGCUGAUGGCAUCGAAAAUGCUACGUUUAAUGAUAAAUUGAGUUUUAAUAUGUUUAAUAAACAGAACGGAUCACUGGAGCAUGGUAGCUCCACAUCAAUCGUGGAUGAAUCCAAUACUAAUGAAAGUGUGUUAAAUUCAGAUACAUAUGUAGACGAUGAUAUUCAAGCAAUGAAUACGACGAUUAAUCGUGUUAAUCAAAAUAGAAUAAAAUAUAUAAAACGUUCAAUGCAAGAUAACUUGUCGGAUUUUAAAAAUGAUGUAAAUAAUUGGUUAAUGUAUCCGAAACCGCUACCUAAAUUUUGGAGAUUCGAUAGAGAUAAAAGGUUUCAAAACUUCAGGAAAAGUGAUAAUGAAAUCGAUCCAUUAUUUGAUUUGAAACAUGAAACUAAUUAUGCUGCAGAGUAUGGAUGUAAUUCGGAUAGUAAUGAUGAUAUCCGUGAGGGUGACGACGAUAAUGAGGAAGAGGAUAACUUUACUGCCAAUCAAAAGUAUCAAAAUGAUUUCUUUCAAUUUACUCUCCCAGUUGAUAGAAAGACAAAAAGCCAUAUUGUUGAACCAUAUAAAAAAUUAGGUGAAGUGUCUUAUGUGGGUGAAUAUUUUAGUAUCACCCACUAUCAACAUUUAUUAAAAAAUUAUAAUGAGAAAUAUGAUGUUAAGGAUUUUUAUUGUAGAGAUCCAGAUUAUUUGGACAAAACAUCAGAAAUCCCAUCCUUUGAAGAAUUCUGUGAAGAUUUUUUUAAUCUUCUGCAAGUGUUACAAAAUAGAAACUUUAAUGUAAUUGCAGAAAAAAGAUUAGUUUAUUUGAAUAAUAAAUUUGAUUUGUUCCAACAUUUAAACCAAAGAAGAGAAAUUCAAGAGAAUAAGCAUGUGCCAUACAGAGAUUUUUACAAUUGUAGAAAAGUUGACAGAAACUUUUAUUUAAGUGGUUGCGUACAGCAAAAACAAUUAUGUGAUUUUAUAUGGGAAAAAAUUAAUAUAGAACCUGAAAGAAUCGUUUAUGUGGAUGAAAAAUUGAAUAAAGAAUACAAAUUAAUAGACAUAUUUCAACUUGAUCUGGAUGAAAGAAUCGAUCCUAAUGCAAUAGGAUUUAAAAUUAUUGAUGAUGAAUUUUUAGACUGGUAUAAAUUGUUUUAUUUAACAAAUUAUCAUAUUAUACCACAUUCAAAUUUUACGAAAGGUAAUAUUGAAACACUACCGCCAUUGACACCUAAACAUUUAAAAUUUUAUUUAAUUGCAACUACAUUUCUGGAAUUUAAUAACUAUAUGGAUGGUGAAUAUCUAGCUGAGAUAUUCAUCAAGUAUGUAAUACACUAUUUGGAAUUGAAUAAAUAUUUACUGGCGCAGGUAACCGUUGACUUCCAAUUUUAUGAUAUAAAAUCAACUUCGGGAAAACCAUUGGACCCGUUGACGCAUUAUUGCCAUGUUAAUAAUUGGUGGAUCAGAUUCUCAAAUUGGAUCUCUAAAUGGAAUGUAGUCUCAAAUAACAUCAGAUGGAAUGUAAAUAUCACAAGAUUGUAUCCAAGAUUAUUUUCAUUGAAAUUAGUAGAAAAUUUCAAAGGCUUUCUGGAUUAUAUCUUCAAACCAUUAUUUGAUGAAGAUAAUAUUAAUAAAAAUAUUAAUUUACAGUAUUUUCUAUCCACAUUAGCCGCCAUGGACUUAUCCGUGAAAAAUUCAGAUAGUUAUAUAUGGAAAGCAUUUACAAAUAUUAGGACCACACCAAAUGAUUGGAUAUCAAAAGGUGAUAAUCCGCCUGUUGCUUAUUACAUGUAUUAUUUGUUUCAGAAAAUAUCAAAAUUUAAUAUAAUGAGAAAUAUUAGGAAACAGAAUUCAAUUGUAUUAAGAAAUUCAAGUUCAACAUUGAGGAAUAGAACAUCCCAAUUUGGUACAUCAAUGUAUUUCUCAGAACAUGCGGAAUGCUUAGCUGCGAAUAUUCUUUUAUCAAACGGUGGAAUGUUGUCAAGUUAUCCUAUAUGGUCUGCCACCCCACUAACUCAAUAUUUCUAUUAUUUACUACAAAUUCCAAUGAUCGCCUCACCUCUGUCAUCUGUAUCGUCACUUGAGAAUAAUAAUUUUCAAAACAUAGAUCCUACUGAAGAAGAAGCAAUAUACAGUUUAAAAAUGAGGGAUAUCACCUUAAAUGAAUCCAUCUGUUAUUCUAAAAACCCUUAUAUGAAAUUGUUCCAAAUAGGUAUGAAAAUAUCACUAUCCUGUCAAUCCAUUUUAUUUAAUAAGUCAUAUACCAGAGAACCGUUAAUGGAAGAAUAUAGUGUUGCAGCUAGUAUAUAUUUAUUAAACGCAGCUGAUGUAUGUGAAUUGGCAAGAAAUAGUGUAAUAUGCAGUGAUUUUGAUGGUUGGUACAAAAGACAUUGGUUGGGUGUCACCAUUGAAAGAACUUUAUAUGAACAUGAUACAAUCGGUGCAUCUAAUGUCUGGUAUGAUAUUAACGGUCCAUAUGGGCGUAAAGGUACGUCGAUGAGGCACAAUGUUCCAUUUAUUAGAAGAACAUAUAGGAAUAAGACAUUGAAUCAAGAAUGGAUUUACGUUAACGAGCAACUAUAA